AUGCUGUCCCCACCUCCAUCUGGAUCGCCAAUCCCGGUCACCCCCCACAAUGUCAGUUUACAGAACCAGAGCGCCAGACCCCUGGACAAGACUAUCGAACCCUUGGCCUUGCUCGCUUCAUCACUCAAAGUCGUCAACUCUGAGUUCAAGCAGGACGCAAGCGACCCCACCGAGUCUCCCUCUCCCCAGCCAAACAGCACCUGUACCCCUCAGCCUGAGCACCUUCCUCGGCCAACCCAUCACCCUCCUCUACCCGCAGGCGCCGCUUCCGUGUCAUCAUCUUCGUCUAUCGAGCCCACCAACUCAACUGGCACCCACGCUGGUACUGAUAUGGCGCGGCCUUUGCAUCGCAUACCGUGCCCUUCCCCUUCAGCAGCAUCUGAGCCCGGCUCGCCCGACAGACCAACCAAUCACCUUUGA